AUGAAGGUGUUUGGUAAUAUCAUGAGCACUUUGGAGCAAGGAGGAGGACUGCCCGAGGGGGUUCCAAGGGAAGUACAGGUAGAAGAGGCCAAGAAAGAGGAGUUGAAGGCUGCAGAGGCCAAGAAAGAGGAGUUGAAGGUUGUAGAGGCAGAGAAGGAUGCCAGAUUUAGAUUGAAGAAGGAAGCUAAGGCAGAGAAGGAAGAUAAGAAGAAGAAGAAGAGUAAGGGGCAUAAGGAUGGGAAGGCGGAGUCAUCGCAUCAUCAUAAGUUAAAAAAGAACAAAGAGAAAAAGGAUGAUGACGAAGAUAAAAAGGCCAAGAAAAAGAAAAGAGAAGAGAAAGAAGAGAGAAAAUUGCGUCGGAGGGAGAAGAGGCGCCUCAAAGAAGAAGAGAAAGAAAAGCAGAGGGCUACGAGCCUUGAUAAGGAGCUGAUGACCCACACGAUUUGGGCGACAGCACAUCUACUCAACCUCAAAGCGGUGCUAGUGAGACUUUGCAGGCACAACCAGCCUUCACCUCUUUAG